GACCCAACAUUUCAGGUGGCCACGUCACCUGUUCUUUGCCUUAAAUAGCCACUGUCCCUCCCAAAUUUUCUGGGCUUUCUCUCUUACCACUCUCUCACCAUCAUUAUCCACAAUCUCCUCCUUCCCCUUCAUAAUUUAUUCAUACCCAUUGCGCUUCCUGUUCUUCUCAACUUACCAUUUCUUUUGGACCCUCACCCAAAUUUAGUAAUAAUUCUCUCAUUUUCUCCUCUGUUCUUGUCUUUUUGGCCUACUUCUCUACCUCAUUCUCGCCGGAAUUGAUAUUAGUUCAGGAAUUUCAGGGCUUUGUGGCAUCUUUGGAUGAGAGAUAAGGCUGUUUAAGAUUCUAUCACCAAAUCUUUGUUACUAUAUCCAAUUAUACGGAAGGAACUAAAACAUGUCUGGCCCAACAAAGGUUUCGGAUCCCGCUUUCCAAGGAGUAGGCCAGAAAGUUGGCACCGACAUUUGGCGAAUUGAGAAUUUUCAGCCUGUUCCGUUGCCGAAGUCCGAUUAUGGAAAGUUCUAUAUGGGGGAUAGCUACAUAAUAUUGCAGACGACACAAAACAAAAGUGCCUCGUUCUUGUUUGAUAUACACUUCUGGAUUGGAAGAGAUACAAGUCAGGAUGAAUCCGGGACUGCUGCGAUAAAAUCUGUUGAGUUAGAUGCAGCUCUCGGCGGACGUGCAGUGCAGCACAGAGAGCUUCAAGGCCACGAAUCCGACAAAUUUUUAUCAUACUUCAAACCGUGUAUAAUUCCGCUCGAAGGAGGUGUUGCAUCUGGAUUUAGAAAAUACGAGGAGGAAGAAUUUGAAACGCGGUUAUAUACCUGCAAAGGAAGACGAGUCGUUAAGAUGAAACAGGUUCCUUUUGCACGGUCUUCUCUUAAUCACGACGACGUGUUCAUCCUCGACACCGAAGACAAAAUAUAUCAGUUCAAUGGUGCUAAUUCCAAUAUCCAAGAAAGAGCCAAGGCCUUGGAAGUGGUUCAAUAUUUGAAGGAAAAGUAUCACCAGGGAGUGUGUGAUGUUGCAAUAGUGGAUGACGGGAAGUUGGAUACCGAGUCGGACUCCGGGGAGUUCUGGGUCCUCUUUGGUGGUUUUGCACCUAUCGGAAAGAAGGCUAGCACGGACGAUGAUGUGGUUGCAGAAGCCACACCUCCUAAACUCUAUAGCAUAGCUGAUGGCAAAACGAGUAUCAUUCAAGGUGAACUUUCCAGAUCAUUGUUAGAAAAUAACAAAUGCUAUCUACUCGACUGUGGUUCUUCAGUAUACGUUUGGGUUGGACGGAUAACCCAAGUCGAGGAAAGAAAAAUGGCGAACCAAGUUGCUGAGGAAUUCGUUACUAAUCAAAAGAGGCCGAGGUCGGUACAAAUAACACGACUUAUUCAAGGUUACGAGACGCAUUCUUUCAAAUCCAAUUUCGGUUCCUGGCCAGCCGGAUCUGCAGCUUCUGGAGCUGAGGAAGGACGAGGAAAGGUAGCAGCUUUAUUGAAGCAGCAAGGCGUUGGUAUUAAGGGGAUGUCGAAAAGUACACAAGCAAAUGAGGACGUACCUCCGUUGCUGGAGGGCGGUGGAAAGAUGGAGGUAUGGUACGUCAAUGAGGACACCAAAACUCCAGUGGCUUCAGAGGACGUCGGUAAAUUCUAUAGCGGAGACUGUUAUAUUAUUCUUUACGCUUACCACUCCGGUGAGAGGAAGGAAGAUUAUCUUUUGUACACUUGGUAUGGAAAGGAUAGCGUCGAGGACGACCAAACAACAGCUGCUCGGCUAGCAAGUUCGAUGUCGAACGCGCUUAAGGGGAAACCAGUUCAGGGUCGAGUUUUUCAGGGUAAAGAACCGCCACAGUUCGUUGCACUUUUCCAGCCUUUGGUGUUCUUCAAGGGCGGUGUUAGUGCUGGCUACAAGAAAUGGAUAGCAGAGAAGGGCUUGGCGGAUGAAACAUAUAGUGCAGAUAAUAUUUCUCUCAUUGAGAUUUCUGGAACUUCUGUCCACAACAAUAAAGCAGAGCAAGUUGAUCAUGUGGCAACAUCAUUGGACUCGGGCCAUUCUUUUGUCCUGCAAACGACGUCUUCUUUGUUCAUAUGGCACGGAAGUCAAUGUCCGUUCGAGCUGCAGCAAUCCGCUGUGAAAGUUGCCGAGUUUUUAAAGCCGGGCGUUACUUUGAAACACGCUAAAGAAGGUACCGAAAGUUCAAUUUUCUGGUCGGCUCUUGGCGGAAAACAAAAUUAUACGAGCAAAAAAGCAGCUCAAGAUAUCGUCCGAGACCCGCAUCUAUACACGAUUUCAUCGAAUAAAGGACGAUUUCAGGUACAGGAGGUUUUCAACUUCUCUCAAGAUGAUCUCUUGACGGAGGAUGUGUUGAUUCUCGAUACACAUGCGGAAGUGUUCGUAUGGAUCGGUCAGUUGGUCGACGCGAAAGAAAAGCAAAACGCCUUUGAAAUUGGGCAGAGUUACAUAGAAUUGGCUGCAUCUCUGGAGGGUUUGCCCCCACAAGUACCACUCUACAAAGUCACUGAGGGAACCGAACCGACGUUCUUCACGACGUAUUUUUCAUGGGAUAAUACGAAAGCUAUCACUCAAGGUAACUCGUUCCAGAAGAAGGUUUCUCUGUUGUUUGGAAUUGGCAACGCUGCAGAGGUAAACGCUCAAUGCUCGAGCAGGCUUUUUUCUGGAUCGAUGAAUUUGCAAACGUCAAACAUAUUACUAUUGCAGGAUAAAACUAACGCAUCAGGAGGACCUAGGCAAAGAAGUGAAGCUUUAGCUGCUUUAAACUCUGCAUUUAAUUCAUCCUCUGAGUCGAAACCUGUUGCUACGAGGUCGUCGGGCCGUAGUCAAGGCGGAGGCUCACAAAGGGCAGCUGCUGUAGCUGCACUUUCUAAUGUUCUUACAGCUGAAAAGAAGCAAGGCUCUGAUUCUCCUCCUGCCCCACAGAAUCGCAGUCCACACCCAGAUGAGGGGAAAGGAGAGGAUGACAAUUUCCAAGCCGAAAAGGAGGAUGGUAAAGAUGAUGAAGACAAGGACGGAGGGACUUUUUCGCCUUCAUUCGAAAACGACGGGGGACAGGAAGAUAAUGCUGAACCUGUUGUUGGCACGUACACUUAUGAUCAACUAAAAGCGAAGUCGGAGAAUCCGGUGACUGGAAUCGACUUCAAACGAAGAGAGGAAUAUCUUUCUCCGGAAGAGUUCGAGACGAUAUUCGGCGUAACGAAAGAAGCAUUCAGUAAGCUGCCUAAAUGGAAGCAAAACAUGCAGAAGAAGAAGUUCGAUCUGUUUUAGAGAAUGAACGUACGUUCGAACUCCGACAUCCAUGUUCGAGACUCGGCGUUGUGUGAGUUUAAAGGCAUCAUGGCUGGUUCUUGCAAUUUUGUUUAGAAUUUGGUUGUUUUAUUGGUUGUGAUUCAGGGUGAUGAGUGGUUUUUUUGUUUGUUCUUUGUUUUUCCUUGUUCUUUUUGUUCCCUUCCCUGCAUUGGCUGUUCAAUUCUUUUGUUGAUUAUUCUUUGUUUUGUUUUGAGGUCAUUUGAGCCUUUUGAUCUUCUUAUUUGGCAGAAAGAAAUGAAAUUUUGUUUUUCUGCUAA